AUGUUUGUAUUGGAUGGUGAGAAAUGUGGCAAGUUGCUCUCUUUAUAUAUAUGCAUCAUUGGUAAACAGGGAAAUGUUAUGGACAGGGUAGAUGGAAGUAGUGAUGUGAUGGGGAAAUUCGAAGAUUGGCUAUCUAAUGAAGAAGAGUUUGGUGAAGAAUUGAGACAGAUCCAGACAGGAAGAAGUGGUGUUGGGGAGUUAGUAGGUGAAGUUGAUUCUCUUCAUUAUCAAGAAUGCAAGUGUGAACUUGAAGUUCUCAAUUUCGGCAUCAAUGUCAGUGGACAGUUUCCAUCAGGCAUCAGAGGUUCGAGAAGCCCAUUCUGGUAA